AUCAUCACUCAGGGGAGUAAAAAGGAUGGCGGAGGAUGGGAGGGAUGAGUCGGUGGCCACUGACGACGAGUCAGAUAACACAGCUGCAGACGGGAGCAACAGCCUAAACAACACGAUGGUGGAAGAGGGCUCCACUCUCGUGCGCAGAAUGGAGAUCUGUGUUGCUGAGGCUGAGAAAAGGAGUGGUAAAAACGCAGUGAACAUGCAAGAAACGUUCACUGUGUACCUCAUCGAAACACGGCCCAUGGAUGCGGUCGCGGAAGGUCGUAACCCAGCUCCUGACUCUCUGUGGAGGAGAUACAGUGAAUUUGAACUGCUGCGGAACUACCUAUUAGUCACCUAUCCAUACAUCGUGGUCCCCCCUUUGCCUGAGAAGAGAGCGGAGUUUGUGUGGCACAAGCUGUCUGCAGACAACAUGGACCCAGACUUUGUGGAGCGGCGCAGGAUCGGACUGGAGAACUUUCUGCUUCGUGUGGCAUCACAUCCAGUCCUCUCUAAUGACAAGAUCCUCCACCACUUUCUCACUGAGGAACAUGGCUGGAAGGAAGUGGUGUAUGAGACAGGAUUUCAGGCAAAGGCCGAUUCCAGGAUCAGGGCUCUCAGUGCCACCUUCAGGGUGAGAAAUCCAGAUAAACGCUUCAUGGAGAUGAAACACUACAGCGAUGAGCUGCAGUCUCACACAUCUCAGCUGCUCCGAGCACGGGCAAGGGUUGCAGAUCGACUCUACGGUGUUUACAAGGUCCAUGGGAACUAUGGGAGAGUCUUCAGUGAGUGGAGCGCCAUAGAGAAAGAGAUGGGAGAUGGACUGCAAAGUGCCGGUCAUCAUAUGGAUGCAUAUGCUGCCUCAAUAGACGAUAUCUUAGAAGAAGAGGAACAUUAUGCAGACCAACUGAAAGAAUAUCUUUUCUAUGCUGAAGCUCUAAGGGCAGUGUGCAGGAAACACGAGCUGACCCAGUUUGAGUUUGAGAUGGCCUCCCAGGACCUCAUCUCAAAGAAGCAGCAACAUGAGGAGCUGACUACAGGGAUUGUGCGGACGUUCUCCUUCAAAGGCAUGACCAACAAGCUUUUUGGCCAAGAGGCACCUGUGCAGAGGGAGGCCAGAAUCAAGCUGCUGGAGGAGCUAAUAGCAGAGGGGGAAGACAGCGUCAAGGAGAAAAGAGUGGAGUGCAAAGAGCAUGUUGAAAGGGCGUGGGUGGAUAUGCAGCGCUUUAAGGAGCAGAAGGACAAAGAUCUGCGGGAAGCGCUCAUCAACUAUGCUGUCAUGCAAAUCAGCAUGUGCAAAAAGGGAAUACAGAUGUGGAGCAAUGCCAAAGAAUGUUUCCUCAAGAUGUAAUGGUGAAACCAUAUUCAAAGGACUUCCACCCUCAGUAAUGCUCAGCUGUGGAUGCUGGAAAUUGAUGCCAAUGUCUUGUGGCUAUGGUUUACAAACAACGUGCGUAUAAAGAGGAUGUAGUUUCAAGUAUUUUCACAAAACAAGUUCAUAUGCAACUAAUGGCCUGUAGUAAUUUCUAUCCACUGUUAACGUGUUGUGGAGUGAAAAGGGAAGUGGUGGUGGAUCACACCAAGCACAUGAGUGAGACACUGGAGACCAUGGCAUGGUUAUACAAGAUAAAUAAGCAGUUUAAAAACAGUGGCUUGUUUCUCAUAAAUAAAUUUUGACUUCAGACAGACAUCUAGGGCCCGAUCUUGCACCCGGCACAACGCGGCGUAAGGCCCAACGCAACUGUCUUUGAUGUUUUGAGACCGUCCAGCGCCCGCGUCGUUUAAAAAGCAAAUGCACCUGCGCCCAUGGCCAUGCUGGUCUUACAGAGAGGUGCGUUCAGGUGCAUUCUUGAUGUAUCGGUAUCUUGAGGCAGCGGGAAGGGAUUGCGCCAUUGACCAAAAAGAAAACCUGGUCUAAAGUCAUUGGCGCAGCAUUUCAUUGAUAUUUUAACAGCGCGUUAGUAAAAUGCGUCCAGGCUUAUGCACAGCACAAAACACACCUACAACCCUUUUGAACCAUGCGCCCGGCGCGCACACAGCCUUUUUUCCGCCGUCAAACUAGCAAAAGUGGAUUUGGACACGCCCUAAACACACCUGCGCCAGGCGCUUCAUGUUGUGCGUUUACAUUGUUAAAAUAGGACCCCUAAGAACAUUUAUACUUGAAUAUCUUUAUGAAGUAGGACUCAUUCGCAAUGACUUUUAUCAAACUGAAACCUGUCAAACCUCUGGGCCCUGUUUACUUUAGCAAAAAGUGAGAACAUUUUGUGUAACAGUACAAAACUCCCAUUAGCCUAGUGCAGUUACAAUGCAUAUGAGAUGCAGUGGCUUCAUGAAAAGAAUGUUUUCACUGCUGUCUAUUUCCAACAAAUUACUGCGAUCUCAAACAACCCGCUUCUUUUUCUACACUCGCUCUACAACAUUGUUAAGCAACCACAAAUUACACGCCAUGUUUUCUUCUUUUGUAUUUUGGUGCCACUGGUGAACAGGUGUCCUUGAUUGUUACCAUGGAAACACGGCUCAGUCAACCAAAUUGGACCAGAAUUAAAAAGCCGCAAUUUCUCCUAUUUCUCCCUGGUCUAAACCAAAUUAACUGAACUACAGGUGUGAAUACAACUUGAGCUAAACAUGUACAUGUAUAGUGCUCAUUUAGCAUUCAGGAGUGUGUAUAUUGUGGUAAAAACAAAUGAAAUUAUGAUACUUAUUAAAAAAAACACACAUGGCAUUACAUUUCCUCUAUUUUCCUCUGCCACGAGGUAAUUGCUUGCAUUCAUGAUUCAUGAAUCAAUCAAAGGGAAGAGAGUGCUGAGUAUUGAGUAUUGAUUAUGUCCAGGGCAAUGAUUUGAAAGACAUGGCAAUAAAAGUAUUUUAUUUAGUUUAGUUGAAUUUAAUCUUCAUUUAAUGACUGGUUUGUCUUACUGGUUAAAUAACUUUUCAUUUCCUGUCUUCGACGCUUGCCAGCAAUAAGCUUUGUGUGUCCAUACCCUUUUAUGCUUCAAAUUUAAAUCCUCAAUUUGGAUGUGUAGCUUUUGCUUGUUCUAUUUAUUUGAAUAAAAAUGUGUUACACUACUGAC